AUGCGUGCGACGACCAAGGUCUACCACCUCCUAAUCCAGGGUGUCAUGCGACCCGUGCCCAUUGGAUGAUUUGCAGCCAGGAGGUAAAUUCGGCUGUAUUUUAACGGAGCCUUCCCAACACCGGGCCGAAUUGGGAAGUAACGGUGGCCUUACCACGCCAAGGGGCUCUGGUGUGGCGGACCUUCCCGUUCCCCAUAUAGACUAUAGACCCGACAGCUCACCUUGUUGAGCCAAGGGUCGUACGAACAAGAUGAACGACCAAAAACAAAAAAUAACAACAACAAAACCGGAUUUGAUGACGGACAAAGGCCAACGACAGAGGACAACGGUAGCGGAUACGGAGAAGGAAACUGUAGCAGCGGAAGGCAAGGGGGGUCGAGGUGCCAGGCGUAAGCCUAAAUACUUCGACGAUCUCACGCCAGAGGAGCGCUCGCUGUUCGAGGAGCACGCCAGGGAGGAUGACGACGACGUGCCCUCUGGCAGCGGAGCUCACCUGGGGGGUACGCCUGGAGCUGAAGCAGUACCUAGGAGCAUCGGCAAAUCCCCUGCCGGAGGGUGCAGUGGGUCGGCCUCUGGUGAAUCGAGUCGGGCAGAGCCUGACGGCGCCAAGAGGAGAAGGAGGAGAAGGCGCAGGAGAGGUGGGCAACGCCCCCUCCCAGAAGCUGGCCAACCCGGCGGGGGUGGGGAUCCACGUAGGAGAGGAAUGAGUGGCUCCACCAUGAGGUGGUACCUACGCCACCUACAUGAUGGGAAAACCCCGGAGGAGGCGGAGGCUCUAGCCAGGAGCAAGAGCCAAAGGAGUAACGUCAACCCGGCGACUGGACGCGACCACAAUGUGCCAGCUCGCGCGCAGGGCAGCGGCAGCGGCGGCCGUGGCCCGGUCAGCACUACGCUGUCCGUGCGGCGGGGCGACAGCAGGGCAUUGCCCGCAGGCACAAGCGCCCAGGCCGAAAAACGGAAAAGCGGCCAAAUCACGCCACAGGAGCCCCCACGAUCCAAGAGGGUGCGGGGCACAGACGUAAAGGAAACCGGGGGCCAACAACCUGGAUCGGCUCCUCACCGGGUGGAGGAGGUGCGGCGCGGGUAUGCGGACGCUGUCAGAGGCAUCCGCAUGGCUGUUCUGCCUCUCAAGUACCCGGCGGAGGCGCUAAAACCGGAGGAGCUUACCGUGCUGCAGGACAUCCUCAUGGACGAGGUGUGUCAAGGAGUGGACUACACGGCGUCCUUCCUGGGCAUCGACUUCAGGGGAGGUAUGAUGCAGGUUGACUGCCACGACGAGGCGUCCGCCAACUGGCUGAAGGAGCACGCUCCAAAGCUGGGAGGCUGGUCGGGCCCUGUCCUCUGUGCUAAGAGGGUGGAGGACGUGCCUAUCAUGCACAGCAUGACAGUUUUCCUCCCUCGGUGUGGGGACAGGUCCUACGAGUACGCCCUGAGUCUGGUGAGGAACCAGAACAGGGGGCUCAGUAUCUCGGCCUGGUGUGUCGCCAGUAGCAAGAAAGAAAAGCUAGGCGAUAUGGAGGGUUGGAGGUUGAACGUGUUUAUUGACGACGAGUCAUAUAAGUACGUUCGGGCCGCGGGCUUCCGCCUGUUUUACAGGUAUAGCACGGUCGUUAUGCGGCCGUACAAGACUGCUGACGCCGGGAGCAAGGAAGCCAAGACGCCCGCGCCUCCACAGGACAAAGGCGUCGUUAGCCAGGCAGUGCCGGUAUCCGCCUCGGAGGAAACGAAGAUGGAGGUGGACGAGUCGUCGGAGCAGCCCUGCGGGAGCAGGACUGAACUGGCAGUGCCAGGGCCGACUUCAGACGUCCCCGACGAUGGCCGGAGCAUGGAGCUACCCUCAACACAGGAGCUCCUGGACGGACUUGGAGACUCAAUCGACAGCAGCGCGGUUGACAGCAGGGUAGAGGAUCUUUCACUCCUCGAGCCCAACUUAUGAUGGCCGUCAACAUGGAGAUUGCCCAAGUGAACCUGCAUCAUGCGGCGGCAGCCUCCGCUGUCAUAACAAGCAGGUUCACUGCGGAUAAACUGGGCACGCUGCUGAUCCAAGAGCCUUGGAUCCAUAAAGGCGAGGUAAAGGGCCUCAAGACGGAGGCAAACAAGAGUUUCUGACGCAGGACUUGGUGGCGGUGCAGGCUAGGGACAGUGAGGGCAAAGACUUCGUCCUAGCCUCAGCAUACUUUCCGGGAGAGGCAGCAACGGCACCCCCGGAGGCGGUGGAAAGGUUGGUGGAGCACUGCAGGCUGCACAAGCUCCCGCUUAUCAUCGGCUGCGAUGCGAACGCCCACCACACGGAAUGGGGCAGUACCGACUGC